AUGGCAGACGCAGAAGUCAAUGCAGCAGCACCUGCUCAGAAUGCCACAUCAGCCGCCAAAGGAUCUCCUAAUGAUUUCUUGAAAAAGGUCAUCGGGAAACAUGUUGUCGUUCGACUAAAUUCGGGCGUUGAUUAUCAUGGCGUGCUGAGCUGUUUGGACGGAUUCAUGAACAUCGCUUUGGAGGAAACACAAGAAGUAGUUGAAGGUGUUCCACGCGGAAAAUAUGGAGACGCAUUCAUCAGAGGGAAUAAUGGUGCGUAAAAUUACAACAACAAUCUUCCUCACAAAUCUUGCUGACACGCCUCUUCCCUUUCCUGCUUGCAGUACUUUACAUCACAGCAAAAGAAUGAGCGCUAU